AAACUUUUCUAAAAAGUUAUGUGGCUGAAUCCACGGGAAACCCAGAGUUGGUUGCGGUUGUCAAUGCUGAUGCAGUUCCAUUAGUUGAUGGUCAGGGCUAAAAACAUUUAAAUGGGACGCAAGAGCCACCAAGUAUUUCUUCGAUAUAUACAUGGAGAGGAAAGACAAAUUCCGAGACCCUAAAAUAAGGAAAAAGACUUUGUGGCCAGAAAUCGCGCGGGAUAUGAAUUUGCGUGGCUAGAAUGUAGAUGAGGACAUACUGGACCGCAAGAUACGUAAUAUGAAAACAACGUAUAAGACAAUUAAAGACAACAACAACAAAAACAGUACAGGUAGAGGUCGUAUUACAUGGGAAUAUUUCGAUGUUUUUGAGGAAAUAUUUUCGAGUGACCGUACGGUAAAUUGCGGUCCAGUUGCGUCCUCAAUGGCGGUCAGUGACGUUGCCGACCAACUUAAUUCAAGUGUGAUGUCCAGCUCAACAUCCUACAUUCCGCCAUCUCCAGUCUCUAUAGACGAAGAUGAGCCUCCGCAUAAAACGAAAAAGACGAAUGCGGCAAAAAGUAUGCAUUCCUUGUACUACAUGCGCAAAAAAAUGAUAGAAGCUGAAGAAAGGAAAGCUGCCGCAAGUGAGGAACUAAAUCGUGUACUUACGGAAAUGAAAAAAUUACUCCAUGAGCGUAACGAAUUGCUGCGGCGAUUUCUAGAAACGCGCAGUCCAGGAGUCUAAAUAAUACUAAAUAUAUACUGUGAAGAGCAAAACUGAGUCAACGGAGAUUU